UGCAACUUGAAAUUUACUGCUGCUGUUGUUGUCGUGUUGGAAAAUGGCCUCCGGAACUAAAGCAAGUAAAGAUGAUUCCGAAAUUGAGAGGUUGGCAAGAGAAGAAAUACUAAGAGAUAUAAAGAAGGCGAAGGCACGGACUGAGACACUUGGUGCUGUUGGAUGGCGACCAUGUCCUCUUCCAAAAACCAAUAAAAGAUUCCUACAAAACACACUUGUUGGGACAUUGCAAGCUAACAGAGCUGAAUUAAAGCGACAAAAACAGAAAGAAACUGAAACAGAUGAAGACAAAUUUACGAAAAGAAGCAAACAUUCAAACAAAGAACACACCACAGAUUUGUAUCAUUAUGACAGUUUAAGUAGAACUUCCUAUGAAAAAUCUAAAAGAGACAAACAAAAAUACAAAACAAAGUCAAAAAGGAGAGAUGACAAGCACAAAUGAUUCCCUCCUACAGCAGGCAGAUGUCAUGGAACGAUAAAAAUGUCAUUACUGGCGGCUCAACCCAACAUUGUCAUGUUUUUAGGCAUGAAUCAGUUAGUCCUUAAACUAAGUGAUCAUAACAUACAUCCUUGUUAAAUAAAAUGUUGUAUUGAUUUGGCCACCCAACUGAUUCAACACAUUGUAGCCCAGUCAUGUUUAAUAGGUUGAGCAGAUUGCAACCAGUAAAUAUUGAACACAACCUACAGAUACCCAAGUGUUGAGUUCUAAUCUAUUGUAUUGCCAGAGGUGAACAAGCACUAGUCAACCAUUUAGUGAAGCAAAUAAAUUAACAAGUAGAUAGACUUGAAAAGUCCCAAAACAUUGAAGAGAAGCCACACUCGAACACAUCUAUGUCAUUAAUAACCUUCAGAGAUUAAUUUCACCUGAUGAAAAGCUGUGCUUGAAAUUACAUAAGCCUUAGUUUCUUCAUUUAUUUUCUUCAAACCUGUAUUUAUUCAUAAUUUGUUGUACAACACAUAACAAGUAUUUUUAUCUUAAAUAUUUUUGGGAAACCUCUAUUUUCGAUGAAGCACCACCAGAGGAGGGUUGUUAUGUUUAUUUAACUCUCAAAGGACUUUCUGAAUGUCUGCCCCUGUCGAAAACAUUUUUGUAGACAUCUCAAAUGGUAACAAGUCAUUUACUGUUAAUCAAG